AUGAACGAGGUUCAUAGUAAGUUUCUUGAUGACGUCUGUGAGCCAGUUUCUGUUUCCGUAUUUUCGUCAAAAUUUUCGAUUGAUAGGAAAGAAGCUGCGAAAAUAUUUGAGGAAUAUCUGAAAUCUAAAGGAAAACCUUUGUGGGCAUAUUAUAAGAUCAGCGGAUCGGUUAAGCCAAAGGAUGUGAACUUUCUCAGCUCUGGUUUAAACUUAAAUAUUUUGAAGCAUCUGAUUGUGAAAGAUGAUGAUUUAGAAAAGGCCAAGACUGCAUUUGACCAGGUGUUUUCUACUAAUAUUUAUAGCCUUCAACGAACAAAUCCGAAGGAAACAAGCAUUUUACGGAAGUCAUGGGAGAAUAAAGAAGAACGGAUUAGUUUAGUUGUUGCUCAAACAGCUCAAUCGGCUGGAAAGAAACUGUUGACUCCGAAAAAAGAACCUGGUGUGAAAGAAAUGGAGCCAAAGAAAAAGACGCCACCGCAACCAGAAAAAUCAAAAAGCGCAAAUAUUACCGCAAAUGGUAAAAACAAAGGAUCCGUAAUGAGCAUGUUUGCCAAAUCAAAGCCGAAAGAGGCGAAAAAGAGCGAACCGGAAACAACUUCAACUAAAGAAAUCAAAGAAUCAACGCGAGAUUCAUUCGAAAAAUCGCCUUCUCCCGUUUUCUCAAGGAAAAAUCGAAAGCGACCAAAAGUUGAAAUCGAUGAAGAUAUUUUUGACUCAACUUCUGAUGGUAGCACUUCACCAAAUAUGGAAGUUGAUGAGCCUGAAGAAGAUAAGAAAGUCUUAAAACGCAAACGAACGAAGCAUAUUGAAAAUGAUGAGAAUUUAUCAAUAGCAGAUUCGGCGAUAAGCAAGAGCAAAAAAAAGAAGAUCAUAGCUGAAUCUGAUGAUGAAGAAGUUGGAGAAAUACAAGAAGAUUCGAUAAAUUCGCAGAAAAGAAGAACGACAAAAAUCGAAAAGGUUGUCGAGACUUUUGUUGAUGAAGAUGGAUAUCUUGUGACAAGAGAAGUAAAUAAAACCGUUGAAGUAUCCCCAGAAAAGCUGAAAAGCCCGGAAAAGUUGAAACCAGUGCUGAAUGUUCCUGUGCCUGGUCAAUCGAAAACUGCCAAGAAAAAUGCAACAAUUACAUCAUUUUUUAAAAAGGCUUGA